AUGCUCAAUUCCACAUCUACGAAUAACUCAAUAGAAUAUUCUAAAAUUUUACAACUAUCAGUUCCUUUGUCAAAAACAACAACAACAACAAUUAAUAUAAAUUCUUCAUUAACAUCAAAUCCAUCAACAUGGACAAUAAAUCAAGUUGAAGAAUGGCUUAAAAAAAAUAAUUUUAAUGAUUGUAUUGAUAUAUUAUGUCAUCAAUAUAAAAUUGAUGGUAAACGUUUAAUAAAUUUAAAACAAAAUGAAAUAUUAUCAUUAAGAAAAAAUAAACAAUUAUGGUUACAAAUCAAAACUUUAAAACCAAAAUCAACAAUAAUACAACUUGAUUCAUCAAUAAUAAAUUCUCAAAAUAAUAUAAUAUCAAAUCAAAUUGAAGAUCAACCAAUAAUAAAUUGUUGUUUUAUUACUUCAAUACGUUCAGAUAGAAAAAAAACUUUAUUAGCUUUUCUUCUUGCUUUAAUGACAAUUUUUUUUUGUUCAUUUAUUAUAACAAUUGUUGAUGAACGUUUACCUGAUCCUAAAAAUUUUCCACCAUUACCUGAUCUUAUACUUGAUAAUCUUAAACAAAUAACAUGGGCAUUUUCUAUAACAGAAAAAUUAAUUUUAAUCGAAAUGACAACACUUAUUAUUGUUAUACUUCUUCAUCGACAUAGAAUGAUUAUUCUUCGUCGAUUAUUUACUAUAACAUCUGCACUUUAUUUUCUUCGAAGUCUUACUAUGAUUUUAACAUCAUUACCAGUUGCAACAAAAAUUACUGAUUGUGAACCAAAAAAAUUAAUUAAUUUUGAUGCUCGAUUAAGAAAAGCUACUAUGAUUUUUCUUGGUCAAGGUUUAUCAUCAUUUGGUGUAAAAACAUGUGGUGAUUAUUUAUACAGUGGUCAUACAUGUACUCUCGUACUUGCAGCACAUUUUAUUAAUGAAUAUACUCCACGUUCGUAUCAUUUACUCCAUUUUCUCAGUUGGAUAUCAGCAUUAACUGGUAUGUUUUUUAUAUUGGCUGGCCAUCAACAUUAUUCUAUUGAUAUUCUUAUUGCUUGGGUGCUUAGUUCUCGUCUAUUUAUUUAUUAUCAUACUCUUGCUAAUAAUCGAACAUUUUUACAACGAGAUACAAAUCGAAUGCGUAUCUGGUUUCCAUUGUUUUCCUAUUUUGAAGAGAAUGUCAAAACAGCAAUACCUAAUGAAUAUUGUCUGCCUAGUUUUAUUUAUGAAGCACGUAUAAUGAUAAAUAAUUGGAUGGAAUCAAUAAAAUAUUCAGCUUUUUGGGUAUCAAAUAUACAUAUAUGA